AUGACCGAUACAUCAUCACAAGGGACGUGUUCACACCCAAUGUAUCGUAACAAUAAUUUGAACAAUCGCUGUAAUCAUCAUUAUCCGGAACACUCACAGUGUAAUGUUGGAUCUAGGAGACCAGCACUUAAUAGUUUUGGUGGUGGUUCGUUCAGUACGAAUCGUAGGCAAUUCAUUCAGCGCAAUCACUCGUGGUCAAUUCCGGAAUUGGUGAGAGAAACAGGAUUAAUUCUGGAAGUGCAAAGAGAAUAUGGCCGCAUCCUUAGUCAAUCUAAUUUUUCCACACCAAAUAUUCAUAUUUAUUUUUCGCCUUCUACUCUGGUUAAUGAUGCACCGUUGAGCGCGAUCACCGAUAACCUUGCCGAUAUUUUCCAAGCUGGAGCAAUGGUAGAAAUCGAAGUAGAGGGAGGUGUUAAUCUAAAAGAACUAAGAGAUCAUGUUCACGUGAUAUUGACAUGUACUUCUAUAAGGCCAAGUACGGAAAUCGGUCGCAGGCCAGAACUAGUGCCAAUGGUAGUAAUACAGAAUGAUCGCGACAUUCCGCUUGCUCUGAUAGCUAAUCAUGAGCUCGUUGCACUCCCUCGACAAGUCUUCCCAAUAGAAGACGUUACUUCGGCAUUUAUGGCAAAGAAGAACUCUGUUACCACGAAUAUGGAGUGGCCAGAAUUUGCGACUAUCGGACGCUCCAUAGAGGGAAGAAUUUUGAAUGCACCGCCAUGGAUCCGUGAAUUUACAAAUCCAGCUGUCAAAAAGAUUGCUUUGAGUGUACAACGCUUUGGACGAGAUCGAGAAGGUUUUGCAGUUAUAAAAGAGCAUAUCAAGCGGGGUGUUAUUCUUACGCCAAUCGACGAAGAAGAUAAGAAAAUAUGUGGUGAUUUGUUCUUCCCUUAUGAAAUGCGAAUCAAUGCAUCACGUACGGUGACAGAAUGUGAGGAUGUAUAUCGCUUAGGCUCAAAGUGGUAUUUUCGUGCUUGUCCAGAAUUACCAAAUCGUAAAUACAAGUAUCGAGUGUACAGUCUUAAUAGUUUAGAUGAUGUCAUCAAUGCUGAUUUGAUUACUCAGGAACGAUCUCAUGAGCAAACUGUAAAUCCAUCGGUCAUAACUAAUGAAGAAUCCGUCACAGCUGAUGUCUCGACGAAUGUUAUAGAAGCAGCGACAUCUAAAAAUCAUGAGCUAGAUGACUCACACCAAUUAAUUGAAUUCGACAAUGAACCUUUACCGGUAUCCUCACCAAAUUCUUUUCCAAUAGUCACAACAGUUUCGCCGGUUACUCUAAACUUGCUCAAUAGUAUUAAUUUCGACGCGCCUCCUGCGGCAACAACAAUUGGCAUUAAUGAGACAGCAAUAUUACAAAGUUCAAAUUCUUCCGAUAUAGCUGAUUGCAAUUUAUUGGUUGAUCUCAAUGAUGCGGAUGAAAUACAGCAAGUCGCGACACCAGUUCGUCAUUAUCAUGUACUGGAUGAAGAUUUUAAUCUUUCUUCAUUCAAUUUCGAUUUUGAAGAAGAGAAGAAAUGCAAAGCAAAAAUGUUGGGUUGUAAUAAUCACGAAAGUAAUGAAGAUAUGUGCAUGGUAUCGCAAUUUAAAGAGUCGGGAAAUCCUGAUUUGAAUCGUAUUAUUAAUGGAUUUAACACACCAAAAGAACCAAUGGAAGCGGAGUGUAACGAUUGCCCAAUAGAAUUUGCAACAUGUAAACCCAAAAAGUGUGCGAAAAAUUGCUCACCGCAAUGUAAUGGAAAUUCUGAAGUUGAACAACUAAUUGAUAUCAGUAGUGACCAAGAAAUGGAUACUAGCGAUGAUGAUUCUGAGAAUGAAAUAUUUCAUCCAAUAUCUGUGGAAAGACGAAAUGACGAUGGGUGGUGGUUUACCCGCAGAAUCCCAAAUAAAGCAGAUUCAAUGGAAGAUAAGAAGAUAAAUGAUGAACUUAUGAGGCUAUCGUGUUGUGUUAAAAAUUCUGAAACAAUAGAGCUUAACUCAGUACCCAAAGACGAUAAACCACUGCUUCUAACUGAUGACCAUGCGAAAAAUUGUGAAACAAUUUCCUUGGCAGUGACACCACAGAUAUCUUUUUCAAAUGUCCUUCAAGAUGAUGAUGUAUAUGCCAAAUUUUUCUCUGAACUUCUUCGAAAGUGA